AUCAAAGAAUCCACUUCCUAGCCAAUCAGAAGUUGAGAGGGCUGAGCGCACAGCCAAUCAGAGAUGAAGAGGCAGAGCUCCGGAUCCAGUUGACGGUGCGUGGCUCUGAUCUCUCUCAGUUUACUUGAGCUCGCGUAACGGCUCGGCUGCGCCGCUGAGAGAGCAGAAAACAGACUUUACAUGGAGUGACAAGGGCACCAAAGAGCACUAACCACCUCAGACAGCCUUAAACGUACGUUUAAAGUGUGUAUGUCGAGUUUUGUGUCAUUUCCCGGCCAACGAAAUGUCUCAAAGAGUUCGCAAAAACGGAUCUCCGACGUCUAACUGCAGCGGAGCGACCGCGGGAAGCCCGAGCGGAUCCCCGGGGAUCAGCGCCGCUGGAGUGAGUUUACUGGGUCGCCUGCUGCCCAUGAAAGCCACGGUUCCCUUCCAGCUGAAAACGCAGACACAGCACCCUCUACAGUCACGGACAGUCCUCUCCUCCACCGGUAACGGUAAAUGCCACAGCAGCGGAACCCACAGCCGGAGCCCCACGCGAUCCCUCUCCUCCAGUGCCUCAAACGUUUCUGCAGCCACGUCCACUUCCUCUGCGACGUGCUCACAGUUCAUCGCUGUUCCCGCCGCUCCCUCCUCAUCUUCCUCUUCACCAUCCUCAUCAUCCUCAUCAAGAACUAGUCCCAUUAUCGCUGUGCACGCGUCAAACCCCAGAGCGUCCCACGCGCAGGUACCUGUGCCACCCUCUUCAUCAGGUGUGCACCUGAGCCCCCAGUGCUGCUCUCCCUCCCAGCAGAUCAGCUGCAGCUCGGACACUUCAGCCCUUACCUCUAAUUUAUCAGCCUCUCCGUCUUCAUCCUCGUCGCUGUGGUCGUGCGCUCACAGAGCCAAACCCCUCCAGACCCCUGAACAUGACAGACUGUCUCCGGAGAGGCUCAGUCCCAGCUCACCUGUCUGCGCAGACAAGCAUAGACUUCCUGUGGCAGGGUCUUGGUGUACCACCAGCAAUAACGGUAGCAUUCGUCGCACCUCUUCUUUGGACGCGCUCACGGCCCCUUACCUGUCUGGACACUGGCCCCGGGACUCCAACCACGCCCCUUGUGCCCCUUGCAUGAGGGACAAAUCCACUCAGACCCCCAGCGCCUGGGCCGAUGAAUGCGAAGAGAAGAAGAGGGGCUGUCACAAGCGCUCAGCCUCCUGCGGCAGCACUGACCAGCUAAAAGAGAUUGUGAAGCUGAGGCAGCAGCUCCAGCGCAGUAAACACAGCAGCCGUCACCAUCGUGACAAGGAACGCAAAUCUCCCUUCAAUGGCAACCAUGCUGCUUUCAGCCAAUCACAGGCUCCUAUUCCAAAGAGCGUCCUGAUCUCUAUCCCCAUCUCCAAGUCCUCCGUCUCUCGUUUCCGGAACAGCGUGGAGGGGCUGAAUCAGGAGAUCGAGCGCAUCAUUAUCCGAGACACAGGAGACCGAGAGGAGCAGCUUAUUCCUCAGGAGGCUCCGGAUGGGCAUCGGGCUCCUCCUCCUCUCUGCCAACGCAGCGCCAGCUCCCGCAGCAUUGACACACAGACGCCCCUGGGCACCGCAGCGGGCAGUAACCACAGCAACAGCAGCAGCCGCUCUCAGUCCAUCUCACCCACGUUCCUGAACGUGCCAAGCGAGCCCUGCAGUGAUAGUCCAUCUCCCCACGAGGACGAGACUCUGGCUGACGGCCGUGAGAAAGAUCUGGCCCCCAGCUCACCCCUACCCAAAUACGCCUCAUCACCGAAGCCGAACAACAGCUACAUGUUCAAACGCGAGCCGCCCGAGGGCUGUGAGCGAGUCAAGGUCUUCACAGAGGAAACACAGUCCAGGCCUCCGCGGGAGAUCCCACAGUUCCUGUGCCCAGAUAGGAACAAGGUCAAUUUCAUCCCCAAGAGCGGCUCUGCGUUCUGCCUGGUCAGCAUUCCCAAACCGCUGAUGCCCACACAGGAGCUCAACAACCUCAAGAACCAGAGCGCCGCCCGUCUCACGCCUGAACCCGAGCCGAGAGUCUCGCGAAGAACCUGCAUGCUUUCCCAGCAGCCCUCAGGCUCCUCCCCCUCCUCCUGUCUGUCAGAGAGUUAGACACGCCCCUCAACCAGCAUCCCAGCAACUGCGUCCGCAUACCCUGCACAUUUCAAUAAUCGAAGAUGAUUAAAAAAAUUAUAAUAAGUGACUCUUAGAGAACAAAGCGGUUAUUAAUAAUAGCUUUGGUUGGGUGAGAAGAUGAAACGGUUGCCUUUGCUAUGCACAUUUUUAGCUUUGUGCUUGUUCUCAAAGAACAAAGGCCAUUUUUGGGGGGUUUUGGGUUUGUGAUAAACAUAUUUAGCUUUUUAUUAUUCCUCUACCUUUCAUAGAUAACAAGUGAACCUGAGAAUGUGUGUCUCUCAUCGCUAUGGACACGAAUCUAAAUGAUCUUUCUCAGUACUGAGGUGGCUGCAUAGAUCUGUUUUUGUGAGACGCAGUGUAUAUUUUAUAAUAGUUUGCAGUGGAUCGCAUUUGCGAGAAUCGUUUCUGUCAUAUUAGGACCGGCACAUCAUUGAAUGCAAAUGAUGCCAUUUCAGAUGAGACCAAGAAACCUGGUAGAAUGAAUUCUGGGUUGAUGAAGGUCUCCGGGACUGAAUCGUUGCCUUCUCCGUUCAGUCCUGACAGAAGCAGCAGCGGAACAAGCUUUUUCUCCUCUUCCUUUCUCACUGGUGGCGAGGAGACCGAAAGGUGCUAAAGAUAAGACUAGCGAGUGUGAGAGAGAACGCCGCUUAACGGCUACAGGACGAGUGGCCUGUAAACCCGAUUCUUUUGUUUGCAUAGUUGUAAAAUGCUGUUUGUUUCAAAUGCAUAUGGGUCCAAACUCUGAACUUCAAGCCCAGCUGGGAACAAAGUGAGCGAGCGAGAGGAGGGCAAGACAGGGUCUGGGUGGACAGACGAGAUGUUUUCUCACCUCUCGCAAAGAUUAAACCGAUUUAGCUCGAGGAAUGUUUGAAAGAAGGACACGACAAGUACAAAAUCCAACUGCGAAAAUGUAAAGCAUAAAUGUCCAGGUAGUUCACAAUUCAGAUGUCUAUCAAAACAUUCAUGGAAUGUUUCCUGUGAUAUCCAAUGAAAUAGUUUACAAAGUCAGAGCACAAUAUUGUCAUUAGAUUGAUUUAAUGCAUGCAUUCUGGGAAAUUUCAGUCUGUGUGUGUGUGUGUGUGUGUGUGUGUGUAUGUGUGUGUGUAUCACUAGAUUCAAGCAAUUAAAAACAGCACAGAUUUUCUCUCCGUUUCAGUGUCUAAAUGGCAUUUUCAUCAUGGAGCAGACUUUUCCAAAUCUUCCUUAUUGAGCAUCUAGGCUGAUUUCCUAUGAUGUAGUUGUUUUAAUCGUUAUUUUGUAUGAAAUAAAGUAGCGUCUGAUGAAAGAUUGUCAUUUUAUGCAGCUCACGCAAGUGCUUCUGUAGACUUGGCCAAAGAGAACAUUUCCUGUGGCUCAGCGACAGUCAUUGUAGAUGGAGAAAGAUGGAAUUAUAAGGCGACUUAAAGAAACGGUUCACCCAAAAUUGUAUGGUUUCCCAUCUUCUGUGGAACAUACAAGAAGAUAUUUUGAGAUGUCUUUUUUUUUUUUUUUUUUUUUUUUUGAAAGUCUAUGGACACCAAAACGGCUUGGUUCCCAACAUUCUUCAAAACAUAUUCUUUUGUUCCACAGAAGAAUUCCACACAGGUUUGGAACGACAUGAGGGUGAGUAAAUGAUGACAGAAUGCUCAUUUUUGACUGAACUAUCCCUUUAAUGGACAACAGUAGUACUAAUUGAACGCUGUGUCAUUCACUUGCGGGAGUAAUUUAGGAUUUUCAGCUUAAAGCUCAGAAGUGCUGUGGGAAGGCUGUCACGGAUGGGCCGCUUGCGGUGCGUUUGUGCUUUGUGUGCAGGGUGGGGUUCCUCACAGUUGUUUUGUUGGGAGGCAUUUUAGCAGAGUUCCUGUUUUUUGUUUUUUUGUUUUUUUUUUCUUGUUCACUCUUGUAGUUAAGGAAGGUAUUGUUUUGAGCUUUAAACGACACACAACAUGAACCUGGAAUACUUUAGCACUUUUAUACCAGCAUUGUGAAUCAGUACGGGAGCUCUGUGUUUGAACUGAAAUAAUCUCACAGCCUGUGAUUAAUAUCGUAGAUCAGUACUCAGGAAUGUAAAAGCAGCAAUCUCUUCUGGCAACGGCACAAGAAUCCAAACAUUUCUUGCUCAAAAACAAAUUGAUAACGUUUUAUCAAGCGCUUUGUAUAUCUCCUUAGGAUAUGUAUUGAAGUAGAGAACUCUCUCGCUGUAGGGCCAAUAUUAAUAUACUUUUAUAUGGAUAGUGGCCUACUCUUUGUAAUUAGAGCGGAAUACCAGUCAGAUAUUAAUAAUCCAUAUGUACAGCUUCUUAACGCUGGGACAGUGUUGUAUGAUGGGAUACUGUGUUGGAUGCUGUCUGUCUUCAGUGGAUGUUUCUCCACAUGCACCAUAUACUCUCUUGUGUUGUUACGUGUGUAUGGAACUCAACAGAAUAAAGUUGCACUCGCUCCAAACGUCUGAGGGUGUUAUUUGAUGUGUGAGUUGCGUUUGGGGUUAACCGUUUUUCCAAUAAUGAGAUGUCUUUGUUGGAUAAUGUGGAGUGUGAUUAUUAGUUGGUGCUGGUAUCAAAGGGAACCCAGGAAUAUUAAAGAAAGCCUUCCAAGUGUCAUUAGAAAUGUUUCAUCUCUUGCUGAGAACAAAAAUGUGGAGUAAUGAAAAUAUUUGUAUUUUGGCACUAGACUUCUAACAUGUGUUUUGGGUGCUAUCUCACACACACACACACACACACACCACCUAGUGGUAAUCAUGCUGUAAGAAUGCAUGUCCUCACAUGAUGGACACAAAUCAAGAGUGACACUUUACAUUUUUUCAGUCUUCAGGCUGGCUUUUUAUUUGAUUAAAUGACUGGUAAUAUAAAGCUGAAGAUGCUUAGAAUGAUUAUGAUUCAUUACAAUGCUUAUCACAUUUUUCCCCCUCUGAUUUCACUACUGAGUUGGGGAUGUUUUUGGUGAAAGUAAUGAAUAUUUUUUUCAGAAAGGACACAUUAAAUGAAUCAAUAGUUUAUUAAAUAAACACAGCCUUGAUGAGCAAAAGAGACAUUAAAAAACAUGAAAAAAAAAAAUAAAAAAGCAUAAAAAUAAAUUCACUCACCCUAAACUUCUGAACAGUUGUAUAGGUGUAUUAAACUGGUAUGCACUGCACUAUUUCAACCAAACUACUGGGGAAAAAAGAUUAAAAAAAAUAAAAAGCUGAUGCCAAUGGAUGAUUGACCAUAAUUAUAAGAAAUUGAAAUGGGUAUAUACACAUACAAUCACUGAUCAAAAAUGUUUAAAAUGUAGAA